CUGAGCACACACAGCCUAGAAGAUGGCUGAUUGCUGAAUGCUGUGUGAGUGCCCUUCCCUUUAGUUUCAAUCAGACUGAGACUUUUGUUAUGGAAAAUAAGGAAACUUUGUUAUAGGAAGUACAUACGUGGAUAGACAAAAUCCUCGUUCUAGCUAACUAACUUGAUUGCAGAGAUGCAAGGAGCCAUGUUUGCUCUUUCACCUCUGAAGGGCAGAGAGCGAGAGAGAGACAAAGGAAAGAUGUCUCCUCUCUCCCAAAAUAGGAUGGAGUCAGAAAAUGAGGUCAGCGACCCUACGAAUGUCAGUUUACACCUGAAGGAAGGUUAGCGUAGGUUAGGUCAGAAAGACAGUCUAGGAAGCUUGGAGGUUCCCUUCUCUAUCUACUUUCCCCCCACGCAAACCCACCCAAGUUGAGUUGCAUCCCAACACUUCCAACAUUUGAAGUUUCCUGGCUUUGCAGUUCCUAAUGUUGAUGACCGGUAUUGGGACGUACGGCUUAAGGUAUUUUCCUGCUUGUGGCAAAGGAUAACACCUUUCCACGUGCAGAAGCCAACUAGAGUGUUAGCUGAAUCUCAAGACAACAGUGGCAAACAGUUUUCUGCCUGAGGGAGCUGCCUUCCUCUGCCCAAUGGUGGGGCCGGCCUUGACUGAGAACGGCCAUAGGCCAAUGGCGAAGAUUAGGCCGUGCACACAGAUCAGAUGCCGCUGUCUCCACGAUGUCCAUUUAAAAGAUCUCAUAUUGCAGGGUUGGGGGGGGCGGAGUUUAGUCUGCCUCACUUCAUUGAGCUAGUGUCAGACCAAUGGCCCAAGUCAGCCUGAAAUUUGCUGGGUCUUCUUUCUAUAAAGCCAUCUAAGCCAAUGGCCGUUACCAAAUAUAUAAAAAAAGGAGUUUCAUAACUCAACAGAUUACAGAAGUUCACAAGUGGGAUGCUUCAUUUCAUUUGCCCUCCUGCCUGCCCCAAUAGUCUGAGGAUUCCAUGGCCACUGAGCAUGCUCAGCUCUCAUUGGGAUCUUUUGGGGGUCCCCACCCCACCAUAUCCCCCCCCCAAAUAGUUUUUAUGCUUUCAAGUGAAUCUUGGCUUUUUCCCUCUUGAACCUGCUUGUCCCUCCCUUCAUGCAUGUUGGUUGGUGCCUUCUGGUGACAGAAACCAUGACCAUCAGAAAUUACUCUUGCUUCUGUUUGUGCAAGCCUCUCCUUGCGAAUCGAGGUGUUAUUUACUAAAUUCUCAGCUGGCCUAGAAAGCCAUUCCCAUCCCGCACCAAGGAACUGACACACGCGGACCCCGUGCGCUUGCCUCUCCAGGUCGUGCUGUUUAAUUUGUGAGUUUCGUACCAGCCACCCACAGUCCGUUGCCCGGUUCUUCCAGUGCAUGGCGUGAGCCACCGCUCUGUUUUCCUUGCCAUGCUUUGAGCUCCAGCUGUAGUAGGUGAUCGCGAUGUUGCAGCAGGGAAAGAACUGGAAUAUGUGUAAGGGUCUCAUCUUAGGAACUCUCCUAACCAGUUUCAUGCUGUUGCUGUACUCUUACGCCGUCCCACAUGUCAGCAUGACGGAGGUCCCGAUCCCCUACUCAUGCUCUUCCUACCCUGCCCAGGCCCGGCUGCCGGUGCUGGCAAACGGUAGCCGCAAUCCGCCGGGGCAGAGGUGCCACCCCAAGCUGGACAUCAUGUUCAUGAAGACCCACAAGACAGCCAGCAGCACCAUUAUCAAUAUCCUCUUCCGCUUCGGGGAGAAGCACCGCCUCAAGUUUGCCUUCCCCAACGGACGCAACGACUUCCACUAUCCGUCCUUCUUUGAGCGAAGCCAAGUGAAGGACUACCAGCCCGGCAUGUGCUUCAACAUCAUUUGCAACCACAUGCGCUUCCACUACGAGGAAGUGCGCAAGCUGCUGCCGACCGACACCAUCUUUGUGACCGUGCUGCGGAACCCCGCCUACCUCUUUGAGUCCUCCUUCCAUUACUUUGGGCGCAUCAUUCCCUUGACCUGGAAGCUGUCGGGUGAGGAUAAGCUGGCCGAAUUCCUGCGUGAUCCUUGGCAUUACUACGAUCCCAAUGGGUUCAACGCUCACUUCCUCCGGAACCUCCUGUUCUUCGAUCUGGGCUACGACAACAACAUGAACGCUAACAGCCCCCUGGUUGACCGGUAUAUCCGCGAGGUUGACGACCGCUUCCACCUGGUCAUGCUGGUGGAGUACUUUGACGAAUCACUGAUGCUUCUGAAGGAUUUGCUGUGCUGGGAGCUGGAGGAUGUCCUCUACUUCAAGCUCAAUGCUCGGAAAGACUCCACAGUCUCCAAGCUGAUGGGAGAUCUCUACCAGAAGGCCACUGCCUGGAACCUCAUCGACACCAAGCUCUACCGCUACUUCAACACCACCUUCUGGCGCAAGGUGGAAGCAUAUGGGCACGAGCGGAUGGCCAAAGACGUGGCCAGGCUUCAAGAAGAGAAUGAGAAGAUGAAGAGCAUCUGCAUUGAUGGUGGGCGCCCGGUGGAUGCCAACGCCAUCCAGGAGUCCGCCAUGCAACCGUGGCAGCCGCUCGGCAAAAAAUCUAUCCUGGGCUACAAUCUGAAAAAAAGGAUCAACAAGAAACACCGGAAGCUUUGCCGUAAGAUGCUGAUGCCUGAGAUCCAGUACCUGAUGGACCUGGGGGUCAACCUCUGGGUCACCAAGCUGUGGAGAUGGGUGUGCGAUUUCCUCAUCUGGUAGAAGGACCACGAUCCCUGUCCCCCAUCUGUCCCGUCCUAGAGAAGGACCAGCUUUCAUUUUGAUCUUCUCUGCUGCCCCGCCUUCUUCUUCACAGCUCAUGUUGUGCCACCAGCAACUUGUGUGAACUUGUGUGAGAGCAAAAAGGCACAGCGGCCUGGAGAGGAAUAACCAGAGCAGAGCUUGGAAAAGUUACUUUUUUGAACUACAACUCCCAUCAGCCCCAGCCAGCAAGACCACUGGAUUGGGCUGAUGGGAGUUGUAGUUCAAAAAAGUAACUUUUCCAAGCUCUGAUUAGAGCUUGCGGCUAAGUGGGGAGAAUUUCCUCAGCGCCCAUUUUGGCCCAGGCUUUGGCGGGAGGGUAGCUGAGGCACAGGCAAAGGGCUGAAGCAGAUGGGAUCCCCACCCAUGGGUGCAAUGUGGAUCCCAAAGACCUGAGUCAGCCCCACUGCUUUAACUCAGAGCAGAGCAAACAACAACAGACCAUGGCACCAUGACACCCUUGCCAAUUGCAUUAUUUUGCUAACCGUUUAGAGCUUUGACUUUCUCCUUCUUCCUGACUUCUGUUUCAAACUGGGGUUGGACAGUGGAGGAUGAGCGGCCACCCUGCUUUCUUCACCCGCAGGAUUGGGAGGAGCCGGAGGAAAGCGGCUGCUUGGAGUUGGUGGGGUGUGCUUCUGUGCUGAUGAAUCUUAUGCAUUGAUGGAUGUUCCUUUUCUAAAGAAGGGAGUCGGCACACAGGCAGUUUCCCCCCGUGACGGACGGCAAUGCAUUUUGUAAUGAGCGUGUGAGGAAGAGAGACCCAAAUGUUGUUGUCCAUGGGUGGUAUUCAAUGUGUGCCCUGCUCAGAGUAGACCCAUUGAAGUUAAUAGACAUGAUUAACUUAGAUUUAUUCAUUUUAGUAGGAUUACUCUAAGAAGGACUCAGUUGAAUACAACCCCCUGCGUCUAUGGUCAUAUAUACACCACAGGCUUAGACACUUGAAAUAAGGGUAGCCACCAUGAGGUCCUCCAGAUGUGGCUGGACUCUGACUAUAGUCAUCUCUGACUUUUGGCCAUUCUGGCUGGGGACGAUGGGGUCCAACAACAUCUGGAGAGGAACCACAUUACCUGCCCCCAUGUUAAAUAGCCAUCUCUCCUCUGGGAAUCCUGAGCACUGUAAUUCUUUGACAGGAGAGAGGGCAGUCUAAUAGAAUUCUCUACGCCUGCGUCAUCUUACAGCUCCCAGGAUUCUUUGGGGGAAAUCCACAACAGUUAAAUCAACACAAAACUGCUAUAGGUUGGUAGUGUUAAUAUUGCUCAUACAUCUACUGAGUAGAUGAGUUGCGAUUGUGUGUUUUAAUUGCACACGCCAACUCCGACACAAGCAUUUUUAAAGGGUGGUGUUUUGCCUCCUUGUGGUGGUGUUGUUGGAACGUCAUUCCUAAGCCUGAAUCAGUACAGUCUCUUUUUUUUUUGCUGCAAGGAACGAGUGUGUUCUCGGCCAUGUGCUCACAUCUGCCUCCCUUUCAGAAUUGUGCAUGUCACAAUGUGUGAGAGGCAGCAAGAAACUGGGAUUUGCACUGACUCGCAACGAGGCAGCCUGUGGACAGUCCACAGGUUGCCCAGCAGCUUUUGCCAACCUGGCAUCCUGCAGAUGUUUUAUAUUAUGACUGCCAUCAGCCCCAGGCAGUAUAGCAAAUGACAUUAGGAGUGAAACACCCUUCAUCCACGGCCAAUCUGCAAAUUCAAACCACAGUAAGAAAAAAGUGGUGUUGCUUUAAGCCCAGCCUUGUGCAAACGGAGUCUGUUGAGGAACAUGGAGUUACAGUGCCUGUUGACAUUUAACUGGAAGACCUCAAGGUAGCAUUCUGUGCCCAGGAUAUAUAUGCAUAUGCACAUCAACAUCAUCCAGUUGAGCCAUGUUCUGUAUACCUCUGAGGGCUGGUCCAUGUGCUGCAGAAUGUAGCCUGAUUUAUUUCUCCAAACCUCUGCCUCUUCUGCCAUCUUCGCCAGAGCUAAUGUCCUCACUGGUUUGAGGGUCCUGGAGUUCAGCCGCUACUAGCUAUGGGAUCUGAUGACGACUAGUAUACUUACAGGGAGGGCUCAACUCAAAAAGUAAGGAAAGAGCAGGGGGAGGGAGGAGGAUGUUUCCCAGUUGCUGCUUCUUGCUAAAAAUGAAUCUAGGAAAGGCAUCAAAAAGCACAUCCAACACACAUUUAAAGCACCCAACCUCCCCCAAAAGAACGCUGGGAACUGUGAUUUCCCCUUCAUAGAGUUACAAAUCCCCAGUACCCUUAACAGCUCCCAUGAUUCUUUGGUGGGAGCAUUAAAUGUGUGUUGGAUGUGCUUUAAAUGUAUGGUGUGGACCUGUGAGAGUGAUUUUAUGCUACGUGUAGGAGCUCCUUGGGAGAUGGCGCUAAAGGGCAAAGGAAAUAUGGGAAGUGUGCUGUUGGUAUGGGAAGGGAGAUCCCUUUGGGAAUCUCUUUGUCAAAAAGUUUAAAAGGACAUCACUUCCUAUCACAUCUGUCCUAUCACAGCAUGCUCUCGUUAUACACACACACACACACACACACAACAUACCCCCAUUAACUCACCAUGUAUGUCUAAUGUUCUCAAUUUGCAAAAAAACACUAUAAUUUUGUAAAAUAGUUAUAAUGUAUAUUAGAGUGUUUUUAAUACAAAGAUCUUUGAGCUGU